AUGGAAAGAGGAAACCAAACAGGAGCUGGACACUUUCUCCUCCUGGGAUUCACAGAGCAGCCAGGCCUGCAGCCUUUCUUCUUUGGGCUGUUUCUGUCCCUGUACCUGGUCACGUUCACUGGGAACCUGCUCAUCAUCCUGGCCAUCAUCUCAGACUCCCACCUCCACAUGCCCAUGUACUUCUUCCUUUCCAACCUGUCCUUUUCAGACAUCUGCUUCACCUCUACCACCGUCCCGAAGAUGCUGUGGAACAUCCAGACUCAGAGCAAGGUCAUAACAUACGAAGGAUGCCUCAGCCAGAUUUUUUUUUUCAUUGUGUUUGGAUGCCUGGACAAUUUACUCUUGACCGUAAUGGCCUAUGACCGCUUUGUGGCCAUCUGCCACCCCCUGCACUACAUGGUUAUCAUGAACCCCCAGCUCUGUAGGCUGCUGGCCCUGGGGUCCUGGUGCCUCAGUAUCAUGGGCUCCCUGCUCGAGACCUUGACCCUUUUGAGGCUGUCCUUCUGCACACACAUGGAAAUCCCACACUUCUUUUGUGAUCUUCCUGAAGUCCUGAAGCUUGCCUGUUCUGACACCCUCAUCAAUAACAUAGUGGUGUAUCUUGUGACUGUUGUCCUAGGUGUUUUUCCUCUCUCUGGGAUCCUCUUUUCUUAUACUCAGAUUUUCUCCUCCAUCCUAAAAAUUUCAUCAGCCAGGGGCAAGUACAAAGCUUUUUCCACGUGUGGGUCUCACCUCUCGGUGGUCUCCUUGUUCUAUGGGACAGGCCUUGGGGUCUACCUCAGUUCUGCAGCGACUUCAUCCUCUAGGACAAGUCGGGUGGCCUCAGUGAUGUAUACGAUUGUCACGCCCAUGCUGAACCCCUUCAUUUACAGUCUGAGAAACAGAGACAUAAAGAGGGCCCUAGGGCAACUCCUUAGCAGACUGGUGCCUCUCAGUUUUGGGGGACCAUAA